UGAUUCGCGAUCAGCAAUCAGUCGGUUUCGGUUUGUACGCGUUGGCAGUCGCGGUUAGUGCAGUGGAGUUCCUGUUUGAGCAAAACUCGAUAUUGAGUGGUCCAACCACCACCAGUCAGUGGUGUCCUCAGCCUGUAGUGCUGUAUGGUUCUUAGUUUACGAUAGUGAAUCGAUCGUGUUCUUACCCCAGGAUCGUUCUCAUCAAUCACCAGAAGCAGGAGCUUAGUUCUCCUUCCUAUCGAUUGGAUAGUUAUAAUUUAGGAAAGUGGCGAUACAAAAACGAGCGCUUCCGAAGAGAACCAUGAGGUUACCAGUGCUCGUGCUUUUAAGUGUGGUCGCAUUAGUGACUGCUCAAACCAAAGAGAAGGAGGAAUUCAAAUGUCCGGAAGGAUUCGGAAAUGGAAACUUUGCGGAUCCGGCCACCUGUCGCCGGUUUUAUCAGUGCGUAGACGGAUUCCCGUACAUAAACCGAUGUCCCUCGGGGCUCUAUUUUGACGAUAUACAGAAAUUCUGCACGUUCAAAGCAGAAGCCACAUGUGGACCCCUAGCCAACCAACCAACUGCAACGACCGAAGCGCCGGGAGAUUUGGCCAAAAAGUGCAAUCCAGCCGAGUGCGAGCUUCCGUAUUGCUUCUGCAACAAGGACGGAACCCUAAUCCCGAAAGGAUUGAACGCAGACGAUAUCCCACAAAUAAUCCUCCUGACGUUCGACGGAGCGGUAAAUCUGAACAACUACGAGCACUACAAGAAAGUGUUCAAUGGCAAACGAAAGAACCCCAAUGGCUGCGACAUCAAGGGCACGUUCUUCAUUUCCCACGAGUACAGUAACUAUCAGCAGAUCCAAACCUUGGCCAACAAUGGUCACGAAAUUGCGCUUGAAACCAUCUCGCUCCAGAUGGGACUGCAGGACAAGGGUUACGAGGAAUGGGUCGGCGAAAUGAUCGGGAUGCGAUCGAUCCUUAAGCACUUUUCCAACGUGAGUUCCAAUGAAAUCAACGGAAUGCGAGCACCGUUCCUCAAGCCCGGUCGUAACACUCAGUACAAAGUGAUCGAAGACUUCGGAUUCAUCUAUGACAGUUCGAUCAGUGUUCCGCCAAGCCCCAUCCCAGUGUGGCCGUACACGCUGGACUACAAAAUCCCCCACGAAUGCAAGAGUGGAACUUGUCCAACCAAAUCUUUCCCCGGCAUUUGGGAAGUUCCGUUGAAUGCUCAUUUCGUCGAAAGCUACGAGGGAGGUCAUUGUCCUUAUAUGGAUCAAUGCGUUCUGCAUAACCACGAUUCGGAGGAUGUGUUCGCCUGGUUGCAGGAAGAUUUCGAACGAUACUAUCUGCAGAACAAAGCCCCCUACAUGAUGCCCUUCCACACCAAUUGGUUCCAGAUUAAGGAACUGGAACAAGGACUGCUCAAAUUCCUCGAUUGGACUCAAACUUUGCCCGAUGUUUGGUUCGUGACGGUAACGCAAGCUCUGACCUGGAUCACGGACCCGAAAACGUUGAACCAACUCAACAACUAUGAACCAUGGAACUGCAAAUCGAAGACCACCCAAACGCCUAAACCUUGCAACAUUUCCAACAAGUGCGCACUGGCCUUCAAGGAACCGACCUCGAACAUCAGCGACACCCGCUACAUGGAAACGUGCUUCGAGUGCCCGGCAGUCUAUCCAUGGCUCGGCGAUUCGCAAGGUUCCGGAAUUCCCGGACGAGAUAACUACAUCGACCAGACUGAGGGAGGCGACAGCAAAAGUCCAGCCGAUGAUUCUGAUAACUAAAUCAUCUCAGAACCAGCUUAAAUCAGCAAACGAUUUCAAAGCUAACGUUCUGAAUUCGCUAGAAGAAAUGCAUGCUGAUCAGCUCACCUAAAGUAAACUUCCUUAAAUGUUGUGUUGUUAAAAGCACGGCUCUUAAUUUGUUUAAAAGUCCUUUUUAAGUAAAAGUCAUAAGAAAAAUCCUUUCUUCAGUAGGGUUAAGAGACGAACAACGAAAAAAAUACUCAUAUUUUGAGAGCGUGAGUUUUGUGUGGAAAACACAGAUAGCCUGGGGGCAUUUGUGAGAGAACCAAAUUUUGUAAAACAAAUAUAUAACAUCUGACACAA